GCGAGCCUAGAAGUGAAGGAUGUGCUACAGAGUCCAAGCGAGUCUGUACUUAUGAUACCUAAACUCGUCUAUGGUUGAUGGCAAGAUGCUCAUAUAAAUACUCCUUCGCCUUCCCAGACCUCGCCAUUUCAUGUGCGAUGGGGAUGUUUGUAAAAAAAAAUGUCUGCCACUAACAUCUAGAAUCCUGUCGUGUUUGAUCUUGCACUUCCGAAGAUCUGAUGAUGAGCACAACUUGUCUCUGUCUAUCUACGACGUGUGACUGCGCUGUAGCCACAAGCUGAAAGUUCUUCUCGUCUCGGUUCUCUCCAAACGAUGAUGUUACAACCGCUGCAACACGAUUUGAAGAAAUUUUCAACAACAGACCUGGUUUUGCUGUCAAAGGGGGGCAACUCGUAUGAUUUGUAGAUCAUGACCACAAAUAUUAAGACAUCUCUCCUAUGCUACGAAACUAAGAGGCGUCAACGCAGGAGGGGUCACGAUUUUUAUGCCAUGCGUCUCAGUUGCAAUAAAAUUAGUAGUUUCUGUAAAUAGUUAUUGCAAUCUUGGUGAUGAAAGCUAUUGUGACCUUAAGGUAGACAUCAAUCGUCUUCGUGUACGAUCAAAGUUUGACAGCAAUUAAACUUCCAUGCCAUGAUUGCGAAUCAAUGAUUUCUUCCGAUCAUGUGCAGUGCAAACCUGCUGUUUAUGCGACAAAGCGCAUUGCAGAAAUAUAGAGUGGGUUUGGUGUUUAAGCCUUUAGAACUUAAAGCUACUGGUGACAAAAGGGAUGACAAUGAUGCUACCGUACGCUACACAUCUCGACAUAUUGCUUUAGAGUGGCUGCAGACGUGUGAUGUCGAUGAUUUUAAAUUGUUUUCACCGGUUGCUAGCAUGAUCACAGCCAGAAUUCAUAGUAGUGUGGUGUUGCGUCGACUACUCUGUCAAGCAGCACGAUAUUUUUUAAAAGAGUCCUUGACAACUCUGUGUACAUGAUAGUUACGAUCAAUAGGAAAGAACCUUAAUGAUACUGUCUAUCUAAGCAUCUAUGGACACAAACAAGCGGCAGCCGUCUGACACUAUACAAUUUGAUGCAAUGUGAAUUUGUUUAGUGUGCUACUGCCAAUUACCUGGUUGUGAAGCGAUCUAGCCAUGCGCCAACGCUCUGUAUGUUGCUUAUAUUCUUAUCGUUGGCUACUUGAGGGAGUGGCCUAAAACGUACGUCGAAAGCAGGUAAAACACUUUAGUUAGAAGUCACUGUUAGAAGGAGUUGUGGGGGGCAACACGAUCCAUUGAAAGUAUGGUGGAC